ACAGGAUCUCCAGCAAGCAGGAGAGGUUAUUCAAAGUGAGGUGGAAGCACCAGCACCAGCACCAGCAGCUUCCUCAAACUGGAGCACCCGAAAGAGCUUCUUUUCAGAGAGCUGGAGGGCAGAGAGACCACGCCUGGUCAAUAUGACAGUGGCCAAAGAAGACGUCAAACCCAACAUCUGUCAGCAGUGUUGGAGUUAUGCUGCUGUGAUCCGUUGUCGUGAUUGCCGACCGCGCCCAUUCCUCUGUGCUGAUUGUGACAUCACUGUGCACACCAGACACCCCCUUCAUAACAGAGAUGCCAGUACUGCAGGAUUUUUCCAGCCAUUACCUCCAACCACUUUUGUGCGUAAUGAGACCCUUUGUCCCUGUGAGCGUUUUGUGCCAGUGGAGAUCCCCAACAGAAUCUGUGGUUGUCCAACAGAGUCACAGAGGAUCAAAACUGGAAGGGCUACCACUGUUAUCACAAUGAAUGGACGAUAUGAUCUCAGUUUGCUCGAAUUGGCAUGUGAAGUUUGCAACGCCGCAUGGAUUGCCGGAAUAAAAGACGUCAUCCAAAGUGACUACUGGCCAGCAACCCUUCACUUUGCCACUAUCUAUGCCACUGAUGUUUUCUUCUCCUUUGAAGAAAUGAAAAUGGCAGCUCCUGGUCUGUCCUGUCAGGCAUUUCUCCGAAUGCUGGAUCAGAGAACUGUCCGCUUCGGCCGUACUGGGAAAAUUUCAGGAGACAGCUUUUUGAAAAGUUUUUUUGAGUGGGAGGCUGUCCAGUAUGAGGUGGACAGUAUCUGCAGGGAGGAGCUGUUCACCUGUCCUGCAUGCAGUCCCGAAAUGCUUGCAGUGUGUGUGGACGGCAAUCGCAAACACUACCGAUUCAGGACUGCAGCACGAUCUGAAGAACAGCCGGUGUUUGACGACAUCUUCAUUGCAAAGGAUGACGAUGUCGCAAACUUCGUCCACGACAUCCAAAGCUUCAGGUAG